AUGUUCCGCAUACUUAGAUACUUCUCAACCAAAAACCCUCGUGUAUUUCUCGACAUUGCAGUUGAAGGAGAACCAGUAGGCAGAAUGCUUUUUGAGCUCCGAGCCGAUGUGGUUCCUAAAACAGCUGAAAACUUCAAAGGACUCUGCACAGGAGGCUAUGGAAAAGCUGAGACUGGCCAGCCACUUCAUUUCAAAGGGGUAAAGUUCCACCGAAUAAUCCCAGGCUUCAUGUGUCAGUCAGGAGAUUUUACAAGAGGUAAUGGGACUGGCGGAGUGUCUAUUUAUGGUGCUAAGUUUAAUGAUGAAAACUUUACAUUAAAGCACACUGAGCCUGGAGUCUUAAGUAUGGCUAACUCUGGUCCUCACACUAAUGGAUCUCAGUUCUUUAUCACUACAGUCCCUUGUCCUUGGCUUGAUGGCAAGCAUGUGGUUUUCGGAAAAUUAGUUGAAGGCUUCGAAGUCCUCAAAACAAUUGAAGCACAAGGCACACAGAACGGGACGCCAAAGAAAAGAGUGACCAUUGUUAAUUGUGGACAGGAAGAGGAAAAGAAAAAAGAGGAAUAA